AGCAGUCAAAGAGGAGGAGGAGGAGGAGAGAGCAGUCAAUGAAGAGGAGGAGAACAGGGAAGUGUCUGCUCCAGACCUAGAGGAGGAAGAGGAGGAAGUAGAUAGUAUCACUGACCCAGGAGAGAGCUCCAACCCAGGUUCAGACAGUGAGCCCAGUUCCACAGCAUCAGGAAACCAUAAACACAGACAGAGGAACUCAAGACAGAAACAUCACCACUGCAUGGACUGCUUCACUAGUUUCUAUGAUCCAGAGGAGUUGAGAAGGCACACUUGUAGGCCAAGACCCUGCACAGACUGCAGAGACUGUUUUACUUGUCCAACUCACCCCAAAUCUCCCCAUCAGAUUCACAAAAGAAAGAAGCCUCACCCGUAUGGUCAAUGUGCGGAGAGAUUUCAGACCCCGAGCACUUUGAAGAGGCACCAGCUUAUUCACACAGGAAAGAAGUCGUGGAAGAGGUUCCAUCGUGUAGACACCGUAAAGGCUCACCAGAGAAUACACACAGGGGAGAAGCCUUUCCACUGCUCCUUGUGUGGGAAGACUUUUGGUUGGUCAAUACAUUUGAAGAGACACCAGAAAAUACAUACAGAGGAGAAGCCUUUCCACUGCUCCCAAUGUGGGAAGAGUUUUAAUCAGUUAUCAAAUUUAACGAAACACCAACAAACUCACACAAGAGAGAAACCUUUUCACUGCUCCCAGUGUGGGAAGAGUUUCAGUCUGUCAUCAUAUCUGAAGAAGCACCAAAUAACUCACACAGAAGAGAAACCGUUCAGUUGUGAUCAUUGUGGGAAGAGUUUUAAAUUGGAAGGAAGCCUUAAGAGUCAUCAGAGAAUGCAUAGUGGAGAGAAGCCCCACCAUUGCUCGCAAUGUGGUAAGAGCUUCGGUCAGGCAGGAGACUUAAAGAGACAUCAGAGAAUACACAGUGGAGAGAAGCCAUACCACUGCUCUCAAUGUGGAAAAAGCUUCAGUCGGUUAAAUGUCCUAAAGCAACAUCAGAGAGGACACACAGGGGAGAAUCCUUUCCACUGCUCCCAAUGUGGGAAGACCUUCAGCGAGAAAGGAAAUCUAAAGCAACACCAGAGAAUACACACGGGAGAGAAGCCAUACAGCUGUGAUCAGUGCGGGAAUUGUUUUAAAUGGAAAGAAAUGCUGAAAGAACAUCAAGAAGUAAUUCACAGUGCAGUGCCCAACACUGACCUUAUAAUGGAGCUGCCAAGCUGGGCGGCUACAUAUCUAACUAAUAUUGACUGACUGUUUUUGUAAUUAUUCUGUUAAACCUUUUUUUACAUGUACAGUGGGGAGAACAAGUAUUUGAUACACUGCCGAUUUUGCAGGUUUUCCUACUUACAAAGCAUGUAGAGGUC